AUGCGCGCCCUCUAUAGGCCGCCUGCAGCUCUGCAUCCUCACAGUUUUACUUUUUCAAAACCGAAACCAGGAAUCACCUUUUUUUCCCCCACGGGACACACACAGGAAAAGCCGCUAACUUAACACUUACUUGUUCCUAAAAUGGCGGAGGCCAGUAUUUCAGUGGCUCAGGACCAGUUUAGCUGUCCAGUUUGCCUGGAUCUCCUGAAGGAUCCAGUGACCAUUCCCUGUGGCCACAGUUACUGUAUGCGCUGUAUCACAGACUGCUGGAACCAGGAGGAUCUGACGGGUGUUUACAGCUGCCCUCAGUGCAGACAGACCUUCACACCAAGACCUGCUCUAUCCAAAAAUGUGGUGUUUGCUGACAUGCUGGAGAAGCUGAAGCAGACUGAGGUGUCUGCUCAGUGCUUUGCUGGACCUGGUGAUGUCGAGUGCGACGUUUGCACUGGAAGAAAAAGGAAAGCUAUGAAGUCCUGUUUAGUGUGUCUCAGCUCUUACUGUCCGGGUCACCUCCAACAACAUGAGACUUUUUUUAAAGGGAAGAAGCAGCACAAGUUGAUGGAUGCCACUAGACGACUACAGGAGGCCAUGUGCCGUAAACAUGAUAAACAUUUGGACAUCUACUGUCGAACUGACCAGCAGUGCAUUUGUUAUUUGUGUGUGAUUGAGAAGCAUAAAAACCAUGACACAGUAACAGCCGCAGAGGAGAGGACGGAGAAACAGGAACAGCUGAGUAAGAAACAGAAAGACUUACUAAGGAGAAUCCAGCAAAAAGUCCAAGAGAUUCAGAAGCUGAGAGAGACUAUCGAGUCACACAAGCUCUCAGCACAGACAGCGGUGGAGGACAGUGGCAAGAUCUUCACUGAGCUGAUCCUCUACAUUGAGAGAAGACGCUCAGAGUUCACACAGCUGAUCAGAGGUCAGGAAAAGGCUGCCGUGAGUCGAGCUGAAGGACUGCUGAAGCGUCUGGAGCAGGAGGUUGAUGAAAUGAAAAGGAGAGACUCUGAGAUGAAGCAGCUUUUACAAACAGACGAUCACAUAUACUUCCUGCAGAGUUUCCGAUGUUUGUCUGCUUCUCCUGAAGCUACAGAUGUACCCAACACUCUCUGCUCUGCUUUCACUUUUGAGGAUGUGACAAAAUCUUUGUCUCUGCUGAAAGAGAAACUCAAGGAUUCCUGCGACCAGGAGAUGGAAAUGGUGUCUGGUGAAGUGACAUACAUCCAGAUCAUUCCCACCCCAGACCCCAAGACCAGAGAGGACUUCUUACAGUAUUCCCGCCAGCUCACUCUGGAUCCAAACACAGCGAACAAACGCCUUCGCCUGUCUGAAGGAAACAAACAGGCCUUCGACAGCGGCUCAGUCCAGCCGUAUCCCGAUCAUCCAGACAGAUUUGAUCAGCACCUUCAGCUGCUGAGCAGAGAGAGUGUGUGCGGACGCUGCUACUGGGAGCUGGACUGGAGCGGCAGUGGCGGACUCGCCGUUUCAGUGGCGUACAAGAGCAUCAGGAGGAAGGGAGAAGGUGAUGAGUGCGUGUUUGGGUUCAAUCGCCAGUCCUGGAGCUUGUUCUACCGUCUCUCCGGGUCCUUAUUUUUUCACGAUAAGAAACAGAUUAAACUUCACGCACCUCUCAGCUGCUGUAGAUUAGGAGUGUAUGUGGAUCACAGAGCAGGAACUCUGUCUUUCUACAGCGUGUCUGACACAUCAAUGAGCCUCAUCCACACCGAACAGACCACAUUCACUCAGCCGCUCUAUCCUGGGUUUUUACUUGCUUUCGGAUCGACUAUAAAGCUGCUGUGAAAAGAAGAGUACAAAAUAAUACACUUUUAAAUCUGAUAUGUCAGACAUACUUAAAAACAGUCCAGCCAAACUGAAGAAAAAGACAUCAUAGGAAAUACUUCCUUACUCGUUUUAAAUCGCUUGAAUAUUUUUGAAAAAUAAUUGUAAAACAUUUAUUGGAGGGUCGAUUAUUUUGCCUUAGAUGUACAUGUUUGGGAUGAGCAAAAUGUAUUUCUUUUUUUUUUCUACAAAGAUCAAAUAAAAUUUCUUCAAAACUGU